CCACGUAGCCUCUCUACUAACCGACAGAAGAUGAUCCUGUAAGGGAGAUGCGUGGGCAUUUUAACAUAACGCAUUUAAACAUUUACUUUUAGCCCAACACCAAGUGCUCCUGUGCCGUCGCCAGUUCACGAACCACAAACGGAUCUAUUAGCUUCCGAACAUUCUAAUUUUAACGUCACUGAUCCGACAACCCCAGCUCACCUACCACAAGCGGAUCUACUAGCUUCUAAAUCUGAACAUUCUGAUUUUAACGUCGUUGAUCCGACAGCCCCAGUUCACCUACAAGCGGAUCUAUUAAUUUUGGACGAAUCAGAAAAUAACGAAGAAGUUUUAAAAGCCGAAUUCGAAACCAAAUCAUCUUCACCGAAUCUAUUAAUCACGAAUGUAUUCUACCAACAGCAACCAUCAUCAGUGCUCGAACGGGAAAGUACAGCACCGUGUGUCAGCCCAGAACCGUCUCAGGCUUCUGCACUCGGUGAAACACAGAAUCACGGCUGUUUGAUAAUGCCUGAGAUUUCGAUUCCAUUCAUUGACGCUGAUAGUAUCUCAUCAUUGGUAGGAGACGAUGAUCUUCGACGUCUACAAUCAAUAAAACGACGAGAAAUGAGCACACCAGAAGAGAAAUCGAAUUCGGAAGAAGUCAAAAAGGAUUCAGUCGGUAAGAAAAACAAGGCAAGUGGACGGAAAACCAAGCGAAAAAGGCGGACUAAACGGGAGAAUCACGUCGCUAAUAAUCGAAUGCCACAAAACUCACCACCACACGAGAAGCAGAACGAACAAACAGUAGAGAUAUCAGGUGAUACGAAACCACCGUUGAUAUCCGUGUCCCGAGUAGAAAGCGUGAAAACCGUAGAAGGUGCUGUUGGAAGACUUCUCACAGCUGUUCGCAGUCGAUCGAAACGACGGAAAAAAUUAAAACAACGACCACCAUACAAGUCUCGGUCAGAGAAUCGAGCUCGGAAAGCUCUACGGACGAUUACGUUUAUUCUGGGAGCGUUUAUAGUCUUAUGGACGCCAUUUUACGUACUCGCAACGAUUUACGGCUUUUGUGAAAGCUGUAAAAGUUCGCCAGCUUUCAAUAUGCUCUAUUCGAUCAGCUAUUAUCUAUGCUAUAUGAAUUCACCGUUAAAUCCAUUCUGUUAUGCGAUGGCGAAUCAACAAUUCAAAAAGACACUUACACGAAUAUUCAAAGGAGACUUUAAACGGAUUUAA